CCGCCCCUCUGGGCUGACCAGGUGAUAUCAUUUAAACUCAUCCCUCCCCGUCAAUUGGCUCGCAGGUGUGAGUUAGCGUGCAGCACCGUCCGCCAUUUUUCUUUGUCGCCAACAACACUACGGUUGUCGUAGUAGUAGUCGUCAUUACUACUUUUUUCUUUUUUAAAUAAUUGUUACAGCCCGCGUUUCUUAUUUUUAAUAUAGUGCAUUAGGGGCAAAGGCUUGAUUGAGCAAGGUGUUUGAGAGCCCCGAACAGAGACUGUAACACGAACAUUGAGGCUGAAGAAGCUAAAGGUUUCGAAUAUGGACAGUAUGUUAGAAAAUCUCGCCAAAACUGAGUUCAUCAGUAUCUGCGUUCAAAACCCAAAGCGCCAGAAAAAGGACGGCUGGCACUCCCACGUGGACUAUGAAAUCAUUUUAAACACGAAUAGCAUGUGUUUUCGCAAGAAGGCGUCACGUGUGCGGCGGCGUUACAGCGAGUUUGUGUGGCUGCGACAUUGUCUGGAACAAAACGCCAUCAUCAUAGAAGUUCCCAAGUUGCCCCCUUGGAAUCCUUUCUUCAACCUGAGGAACCCACAGCAAGUCAGCCAGAGGAUGACGGGCCUGCAGGAGUUUUUAGAAAUUGCUCUUCACUCACCGUUGUUGCUGUCCGACAGUCGGCUCCACCUGUUCCUCCAGUCCGACCUCAGCGUCGCCAAGAUGGAAAGGUGUGCUAUUGGCAAGAGCAGGUACACGGUGGCCGAGGCCAUUCAGCGCUGCGGCGGCGACUGCGUCAGUCGAUUGGAGGACAAGGCCUCAUUUGACUCUGACUAUGAGAGCUCCUUUUCGUCAUCGGGCUUGGGCUUAAGUGUGGACAGCACCAGUCUCAGAAGUCCCCUUCCCUUCCUCGGGUCACCCGGCUCCUGCACUUGUCAUUCAGUCGCGCAUAAAGCGGCCGAGUGACGCCUGAGGCGCUGCAUUUAUUCCCUUAUUAACCUCCAGAACAUUUUCCUUAUUGUAUGCUCUUUUAAAAAAUUAUAUCUGUAUAUUGUUUUUUCCUUUCUUUGAGUAAUACCUGUUAUUUCAUCGAAUGUGUAAUUUGGAAAAGAACAAUUCAUGUUUUUUUAAAGAAAUGUACAGUAAACCUAUGUUUAUAAUCUUUAAUUGUUUAUAUUUUUAUCUGCACUGAAGCUGAGGUUAGUUCGGUAUGUUUUCAAUUGUGUUUUUUUUUUUUUUUAAGAAACAUUUAUCAGGAGAACACUUUUAUGAUCUGUUAAAGGAUGAAUAAACUCUUUUUGAAGAAAAUGGCUCUGCUGG